GUGAAAAUGAAAACGAUGAAGCUCGCAAAACUUCAGCCCGGAAAGCUGGUCCAAUACAGAGCUGAGCUCAGGAGUCUUGUUAGCACCCGCCUGGCAGCCGGCUGCUGCUGCGUUCCAAGUCAUUGGAAGUGGCCAUCGGACAAUUCGAAGUUCCGAUGCUGAAAUAAGGACAUCUAGUUCUCCCGCGGCCAACAUGGACAAUCUGACCACAUUGGGCUCAAGUGGCGAGAGGACUUUGCUAUCUGUCACAAACAGCACAGUGCCCGCAGCUACAACAGAAAGCGUCAUCUCUGACACUGAAAAAAUCAGCUCUGUGCAUUUGACGGAGCACUUCUCAGUAGACCAGAACAGAAGUAGUAAUAGUUCUUCAAGUGACGCGGAUGCCACGGAGCUUGGAGUUGUGCCUGUGGUUACACGUUCUUCCAAGACGCCAACGGACUCAUCUGCCCAAAGUGAACAUGAAGACACUGGAAGUCGCCACCAGACCCUGAGCACCUGGCACGCUGAGAAAAGGACUUCUAGCUCUCAUACUGAGAGCACGUAUACUUCAGUUGCAUUCAGCACAGGUGAAGACAGGACAUUACAGUUGCUGACAAAUAGCAGUGUUUUAGCUGAUAUGCUACCAGGUUCUGGUUUUCACACAGAAAUCCCAGUGUCUUCAGCUCUUACCCACCGUUCCUCUUCGGUAUCACAGGCUGGAGCGUCAGAUACCCCUGAUUUCUCAACAGGGUCUUUGCUUACGCAACCCUCUUUGAAAACUCGUCUUCCAGCUGCUGGAGGUCAAAAGCAGCCAGCCAGCCUCUCAGAUACAGAGGGAAAGAUUGCCAGUUCUCACGGUGACAUUGCAUACGUCGCAACUCCAUCCCCGCGGGGUCUCCACGAGAGGACGUUACGAUCAUUAACAGACACCGGCAGCUCCACCUCUAGUGCUGAAAUAUCGAGCUCUUCAGAUAGAACCGAGUCCUCGUCUAUAAUGUCUGUCCUGCAGAUUGGUAGAAAUAAUAGCUCAUUGGAUGCCAGGGGUUUUACAGCGAAUUCAACCGACCCUUUGCAUAACGGUUCGCUCACUGCUACAGAAAGUGUUUCUGCUGCUAGUGGAAGCGGCCACCGAGCAGUCAGAACAUCAGCAACAGAAGAAAGGGUUCCUGAUUCUGGUGUCACCGGUGCAUCUGUCUCAGCAGCAUCCCCCAGAACAGAGGCGAGGAUGUUUCCGUCUCCAACGAGCAGCAACCAGCCUUCUCAAUUAACACGCAGCUCCAGCUCUAGUGCUCAAAUGCGCAGCGUGUCAGAUGUAAUCCAGUCCUCAUCUGCGUCUCCUAUAGCAGGAACUGCUGGAAUAAAUAUUUCACCAGAUGGCACAAAUUUCAGCGAGCCCUCAACAGAUCCUUCGCUUAUGGAUUUUCACUCUUCUUCAGAAAGCGCAUCCACAGCCAACAGAAGCAGCCACCAGCCAUCUAGCAUGUCUGCACUGGAAAAAAGGAGGACUUCCGACUAUGAUACCACCAGUACGUACCUUUCUACUACAUUCACCGGCACUGGAGAAAGGACAUUGCGAUCUCUCCUGCACAGCAGCAAGCCUUUGUUUGCAACAGAGAGCUCCACCUCUAGUGCUGAAAUGUCCAGCGCUUCAGAUGUAAUCCAGCCUUCAUCUGUAUCUGCUACAGACGAGACCCAGGGAUUUAACAUCUCCUCUCAGGCCCCAGGUUUCGUAGAGCGAUCAACAGAUUCCCAUCCUCCGUCAGAAAGCGCUUCUCCAGAAAGUGAAAGCAGCCAGCACCCAACUAACAUUUCAGUGAUGGAGCAAAGGACUUCUGAUCCUCAUGCCACCAGCAGGGUUAUUUCCACAGCAUUCACCAGAGCUGGGGAGAAGACAUUGCAAUCUCUAACAAACAGCAGCCUGUCCCCCGAUGCAGCACAAAACUCCGCUUCCAGCACUGACAUACCCAGCUCUGCAGAUGCCACUCAGACCUCCUCUAUAUCUGCUAGAGCAGAGACUCAUGAAGGAAAAGUCACAUUGGGAGUCACGGAUUUCACUGCAUCCUCAGCAGAUCCCAUGCCGACGCGCUUUCACCCUGAUUCACAAGGUGCUUCUGCAGGCACUGGAAGCAGCCAUCAAUUAAUUAACAUCUCAAGUACAGAGAAAAAGUUUCCUGGGUCUCAUACCACUAGCACAUACAUUUCAGCAGCCUCCACAAAUGGCGGAGAUAGGAUGUUACGAUCUGUAACAGAGAGCAACAGAUCUGAUGCAACACAAAGCUCCCCCUUCGGUGCUGAAUUAUCCAGCGCUGCAGAUGUGACCCAGUCCUCAUCUAUGUCUUCUACAGCCCAGACUACAGGAAUGAAGAAUGCCUCAUUCAAUGCUACAGAUCUCCCCCUGCUUACAGAUUUCAGCCUUGCUUCAGAAAAUGUUUCCACAGUCUUUGGAAGCAGCCACCAGCCAGUUAGUAUUUCAGAUACAGAAACAAGGACUUCUGAUUCUCCUAUCACCAGGUCAGCAGCAAUCACAAGAGAUGUGGAUUGGAGUUUGUCUCUAACAAACACCAGCACGUCUUCUGAUGCGAGAGGAAGCUUUGUGCCUAGUACUGAAAUGUUAGGCUCUUCAGAGCGGACGCAGGCUUCAUCUAUAUCUUCUGUAACGCAGGCCCAUGAAACUAAUAGUCCGUUACAUGCCACAGAUUUCACAGACCUUUCAUUGGAUCCUUUGCUUACACAUUCCCUCUCCACUCCAGAAAAUACUUCAAGAGCCGCUGGAAGCAGCCAUCAAUCAAUUAGUGUCUCGACUACUGAAGAAGGCACUUCUGGAGCUUCCACCACCAGUUUUUACAUUUCAGCGACCUCCAACGGUGGCGAAGAAACGUUAAGGCCUCUAACCAACAGGAGCACUUUGACUGAUACAAUGGAAAGUCCCAGUUCUACUUCAACAAAUACUGUCUUGACAGAUCUAAGCCUGUCUUCAUCUUCCUUAGCACAGUCUAAGGGAAGCAGUGUCCCGUCAGGGGAGGAGGACUUCACCCAACUUUCAACCAAGACUUUGCUCACACAUCCUUCCAAGAUCCCGAGUUAUUCAUCUUCAUCAGCUAAUCUUUCAGUUUCAGACGGAGGAAGAAAGAUUUCCAGUUCCCCUACGGAGAGUACAUACAUCUCAACCACAUUCAGCAGAGGUGUGGAAAGGACACCCCAGUCUGGAACGAACAGCAGCAUAGCCACGGAGACAACAGAGACUUCUGCUACUGAUACGGAUACGGCCAAGUAUUCAGAUUCAACCCGAUUCUCACCUUCAGAAGUGCAGACUGAAGGAAGGAAUUCUUCAUCAAGGGAUGAUGCGCGUCUCACUGAGCCUUCAACUAAGUCUUUGCGGCCAUAUUUUUCCAAGGCCUCAACUUAUUCCUCUGAAACUGAGGAUCCCUCCACGACUGGAAGAAGCCAUCAGUCACUUGGCGGCUCAAGUACAGAAGAAAGGAUUUCCCGUCCUUAUACUGACAGCACGUAUGCUUCUGCUACAUUAACCAAAAGUGAAGAAAGGACAUCACAGCCUCUUACAAAUAGCACAUCUGCCCAUACAACAGAGCGCCCCACUUCCUAUACAAAAACUGCCAAUUCUUCAGAAUUAUUUCAGUUGUUUUCAGAGGUACAGACCAAAGAGAUGAAUGUUUCAGCAGAUGACAUGGGUUUAACUGGACUUUCCACUGAGACCUUGUUUACACAUUCUUCCAAAAUACCGACUUAUUCGUCUUUCCAGAACGAUGCUUCAAGUAUUGCAAGUAGCCAUCAGCCAAUCAGUGGCACUGACACAGAAAAACGGACCUCUGCUUCUCGAACGGACAGCAUGUACAUUUCAACCACAUUCAGCAGAGGCGGGGAAAGGACGUUACUAUCUAUAGCAAGUAACAGCACUUCUACGGACUCGUCAGAAAGUUCCACUUUCUUUACAGAAUCUUCCAACUCUUCCAGCAUAUCCCAGGCCUCAUCGGUGUCACAGAGUAGAGAAAAUAAUGUAUCAUCAAGUGAUGGGACCAUCACGGAGCCCUCUACAGAACCUUUACUCGUUUAUUCUUCUAAAAUUCCAACUUACUCUUCAACAGGCAGGAUACAAAAUACAACCCUGUCUUAUACUGGCUCUGAAUCAUCACCAACUGGCAGCUCAUCGUUAUCUUCAUCCGGGUUUCAAUCUUCUGCCUCGGUGUCUUCAUUCUAUCAAUCACCGUCAUCAACACCAGCACCCCCUCCUUUGUUCACAACAUCACAAUCAUCUCUACCGCCGACUUGGUCAGUCUUGCCAUCAACAUCGCCUCCACCUCCCCCUUCAUCAUCUUUACCUACUUCCUCACCAGUCACAGCAUCAUCAUCAAUAUCAUUCUCAUCGCCUUCGUUCUCUUCACAAUCUUCAUCAGUACACUCCAAUGACAGCUCUCAAACCAGUGCGUCCGUGGUUACAACAGAAGUGACAGACGGGAGGGAGCCAUCCACGGCUGUGUUUUCUGGGAGUUUGCCCGGAGAAUACAACAAUCACAGUAGACCAUACCCGUUGAAGGAAAGCACUGGCUUCAGCUCGACAGAAUCGCCUCCCUUUUCAACUACACCCACGGAGCAGCUUGCUAACCACUCAUCAUUCAUGCCAACUUCCUCGCUUGUGACAGAGAGCACCGCGGGGGCAGCCUCCGUUGCCACAGGGGACAGUUUUGAAAAGACAACUUUGGUUUUGACAACCGUGAGUCUGAGCAUGGGUACGGAGAUGGCAAACGAAUCAACCACUACCUUGCCAAGUCCAACAAGUCGGAAGGAAGACUUCCCCGUCGUGGAAUUAACAACAGAGAAAUCCAGCACUGUGACAGCACGUACAACUCUUGGGCCGACUACGGGUCAUUCGGCUACUACAGAAGUCCAGACAGUUCAAACUGGUGCACCCACAAAGUUGGCCUCCGUCACUGGAAUAACUACAGAAGCGAUGGAAGUUAGCACCGCAGCUAGUAUUAAACUCACCAAAGAAAGUAUCCCGGCUACUCAUUUUUCCGAAACAACUUCUAUUAGCAAAGCCACUACUGGGUUUCCUAGUACUUUGACAGCUGCUACCAAGCCAACUACUGUUGUUUUAACUACCACAACAGUGACAUCUUCUCAUACAACAGAUGUGGACGAAUGUCUUUCCAACCCAUGCCCUGCCAUGGCCACAUGCAACAACACCCAGGGCUCCUUUGUCUGCAAAUGUCCUCUUGGGUACCAGCUUGAGAAAGGAAAAUGCAAUUUAGUAAGAACAUUUGUUGGUCAAGGUUCUCUGAAACUCAACACUACUCAUGGGAAGUAUUCUGAUGUCCAUCAAAUCCAGGAUGAAAUCACAACGAUGCUGAAUGUCUCUCUCUCAACGCUGCCUGGCUACCACCACUCCAUCGUUAAAGCUGUAAGGGAGUCAAAUUCUGUCCGUGUUUCAGUCCAAACCACCUUCUCGUUAGCCUCCAAUGUGACGCUCAAGGACAUUCGUACCAAUUUACAAAACUAUGCCAGAGCUUGCAAAUCCACUCCUGAAACCUGCCAUUUCAUCUCAAGCCUUAUGCAGCUGCACACAGCUGGCGGUUUAUGUGAACAGAAAGACCCUGAAUGCGACAAAGAAACUUCCGAAUGCACAGAUGUCGAUGGCAUUGCAGUCUGUAAGUGCAGAAACGGAUACUUUAAAUACAACAAGAAGGAUCAUUCCUGCAGAGCUUGCGAAGAUGGGUUCAAGCUAGAGAACGAGACCUGCGUAAGCUGCCCAUUUGGCUUGGGGGGAUUCAACUGUGGAAACCCAUAUCAGCUAAUCACUGUGGUAAUUGCGGCUGCUGGUGGUGGACUUCUGCUCAUUCUGGGAAUAGCGCUGAUAAUCACUUGCUGUAGAAAGAAUAAAAAUGACAUAAGCAAACUCAUCUUCAAGAGUGGGGAUUUCCAAAUGUCACCAUAUGCUGAGUACCCCAAGAACCCCCGAGGACCAGAGUGGGGAAGAGAGACAAUAGAAAUGCAAGAGAAUGGAAGCACGAAGAACCUGUUGCAGAUGACAGACGUCUAUUAUUCGCCAACUAAUCUAAGAAAUCCUGAACUGGAAAGAAAUGGACUUUAUCCUCCCUACACUGGUUUGCCAGGAUCCCGACAUUCAUGCAUCUACCCCGGUCAAUAUAAUCCUUCCUUUAUUAGUGAUGAAACCAGAAGAAGAGACUAUUUUUAAUCAGAGUGAGUGAGUGUGGAAGGUCAUCGUAGUUACGUGCCGUGUGUUCACCAGGUACAUGCUGUCACCUGGCAGCUCACUUGAUGCCAGUUUUAGUCUUCACUUUUACCCUCACGGAGGACUUCAGUCUCUAGACAACACAGAGCAGAGCUGCCUUGGGAGAACCCAUUCACAGCUGUGGUGGAGAAGCGAGGAGAAGAAGGAGCCCACAUGCAGAGCGAUAUAAGACACAAGUAGAAGUUCAUGGAAGUUAACCUGUACUCCAGUUUUUUCUUUCACCUCUUAACUUACGUCACGCGCAUGUGGUAGUAGAUCAGUACAGACAGACUAACUGAUGAUGGCACCCUAAAGCUAAAACCACUAGGGAGUGUUUUGUUUACAGGUAUAGUAAAUUGUUGGUCUGACUACUGUUUUUCCUUAUGGCCAACCUAUAUGCAAAGAUACACACUGUGCGAUUGUUUUGGGUUGGAGGUUUGUGUUCACUGCACACUCUCGUCUCCUUUUCUGUGCCCUGUUCUGCUUCCUGCACUGGAUUGCCCACAAAUUACCAUUUUCUUAUUGGAAAGUAUCAGUCUCUCAAAAUGCCUGCUCAGCUGAGCCCUGCCUCUGGCCAUGCUAGCUGAAUUCAUAAGCUGGCUUUUGUGAAGACAUACAGGGAGCUUAGCCCUACCUCCUCUGUUUGAAUGGGAAGCAAAGAUGGAGCUAACUCCCAGAAUGGAUUUUAAAAAUCUUCUUUGUAUUCAGAAAACUCUCAGUGUGGCAGUGUUUUGUCCACCAAUCUACAGUGUUGUUCAAAAAGUGUGGUAUUCGACCGUAAAUAGUCACCAUAGCAGUCCCCAGCAGGACCUUACCUAGGGCUGUAUCCCAGCCGGGAUUUCAGUGCACUUCAACAAGAGCGAGAUCAGGUAUUUCUUAAUGGAAUUUUUUAUAGGAAGGUAUGUAGGAAGCAGUUCUCAUUGCUGUGAAAAGAUGAACAUGUUGCUAAAGAUCUGUAAGUGGAAAGUGGUUAAGUGUUAUAGCAUUUAUGGGACAGAGAUGAUGUCAACUUUGGGCAGUGCAUAAGAGGGAGUGGACCCAAUGCCUGCUGUUGAUUUUGGUGGUAGCUAUAGGAAUGCUUUGUAAAACUGGAGGUCAGGUUCGUUGUAACCAGUGACACGCACUGUGAGAAAAGCACAAGAUCAUAAGUAAUGAAGGGUAAAGGAUUCUAGACUGACUUCUUCCAUUAGCCCCAAUAAUGGGUGAUUCGGAGUGAAGGAUCAUUCACCACCCCUUCGUUUCAUUCGUGGUCAUUUACCACCCGUUUACCA